AUGACAUUAGUCACACUCUCCUCUCCUUGUACAGAUAACUGUCUCUUCCCGAGAGAACCUUUGGAAGAUAUCUAUUUGUUGUUGCACGAUCGCACUGAAAUGUCUUGCUGGCAGGGCGUCAACCAUGGUGUGCGAACUUCCACCUCGAAACCGUCUUGGUUCUCUUCAUGUUCCUGUUCAUCUUCCGCAAUGACGGUGUCAUCUGUCUGCUGCUAUCGUAACACAUCACGGAAGAUGACCACCUCAACGGCAACUGAUGUCGCACCAGGACUGUCACCGAAGAACGGUCAAAUCCCACCCACUGACCCGGAUUCUGGCGACGAUGUGUGCCACAUUCCCCAACCUGUGUUCAGCCUCUUUGUCUAUUUGGCACAGCAAGGUGGGCAUGUGAAUGACAUGUUCCGCAGGCCCGGAAAUAUAACACAGAUGAGGCAAAUACUGCAGGAAUUUACUUCUGGCAAUCCAGUCAACUGGAGCGACUACAACGUGUACACUGUCGCUAAUGUGGCCAAGAAAUUACUUUUAUCCAUUCCCGAUGGACUGUUUGGUGUACGUGGUGAAGCUCUGCUCCUCUCCACUGCUUCCGGAAGUUCCUGUUCCACCGAAGUCGACGAGCUAUUGGAUCCCGUGCUCUCUUCCAGAUCCGUCGUUGCGGAAUCACACUGCUCCCGGCUGUUUCCCCCUGGCGACCAAAAAACCGUCACCUUUGCAGAUGAUCUAAAUCCACUCGGGUCCGUUUCUAGCAGACUGCCUCGAGGUUCCGUUAUACAACUUACUCAACUCUCCGAGGUGGCCGAACGACGGAUUGCUGUGUUUCUCAGGGUUUUGGAGAGUCUGCCCUCUUCACACCGGCAGUUCUCCAUUCUCGUGUUUGGUCUGCUACACCAACUCGUGAUGAACGCCACUUCUAGCGCUGCCAGCUGCAGUCUUUCCUCUCUGGUCGACCUCUCCAGAUCGUCCGGAACGCUUUUACCCAAACGAGAAGAUGCGAAAGAUGUUGGGUUGGCGGUUGCAGAAGUUCCCUUGCUUGUUCUAGCUGAAGGUGUUGUGAAAUCUGUCGCCGGGGCGUUAUUCCACACAUGCUGUUCAUCGAUCCAUUUGGUUGAACAAGCGGCGCAGGUUCUUCGAACUCUCGUCCUAUUCUUUCCGGCAAUGGGUGACUCAGUGACUCGCUUCUUCGUGGAGGCGGUCGCCAACCGUUUGCCUCCUCGAAAAACCUUGACGACAGACUCUGGCCGACCGGUGGCGAGUCGAUCGUUUUGUGUACUGUGUCCCGAAACUGGUAAGCUCCCUUCUUUUGGUGACAUUCUGCGCCAUUUUCACUUUCUUUCACAUAUUAUUGGAUUCUGCCAAUCCUAUACUGAACACAAAUUCCAGUCCAACUAA